ACGAUCCCCGCCCCGCCCCCACGCCGCACUCGCACGCGCCCCAUCUGGCAGCAGUACGCGCCCGCUCGCCAGCCAGUCCUCCACUUCCGCUACUUCGCCGCCACCGUCUCCAUGUACGUCGUUCAUUCGCAUCCGUCCACCUUCCCAUAGCACCGGUCUACCGGGCGUCAUUGCCAACCUCAGCACUCACCCGCCCAUACCGAUCACCGACGUCUUCUUCUGGACACCGCAGGUGGUCGGAGGCAGUGGCUUCAUCCUUUCUUCCCUUCUCCUCAUGCUCGAGUGCCAGCGCAGAUGGUGGCUGCCGAACCUGCGGAGCCUCGGUUGGCACAUCGGCGCCUGGAAUCUCGUCGGGGCAGUGGGGUUCACGUUGUGCGGUGCGCUGGGAUACGCAUCGUUGACGUCUUCAAAGGCAAACUACCAGAGCGUGCUGGCGACCUUCUGGGGUUCGUGGGGGUUCUUGAUUGGCAGUGCCCUGCAGCUCCACGAGACGCUAUGGAGGGAAGAUCCUGAUGCCGGCGGAGAGGACGAGGCACAGUGAGCAGGAGAGAACGCCGCCGACUUGCUUCGAAGACGACUUCAGAAGUCUAGCUUCACCUCAAUCUGUACAUCAUCGUCAGACAAGCCGCAGAGUCAUGCUCAUAAAUUACUUACGGCCGAGACUUGUUCGUCAAUGA